GCCCUCUUUCGUCUUCAAGCUCUCGCAAUCCCUUAACCCAAAUAGGGAAUAAAAAUCUAAACUUUUUCUCAAAAUCUCUUUAAUGGAGAAGGAUCCAAAGCCUGAGAGCAAAGAGAUCACCGAAGAGGACAAGCCAGUCCGAGUCUACGCUGAUGGGAUCUACGAUCUCUUCCACUUUGGCCAUGCCCGAUCCCUUGAGCAGGCCAAAAAGCUAUUUCCAAACACUUACCUUCUUGUGGGAUGCUGCAAUGAUGAAGUGACACAUAAAUACAAGGGAAAGACUGUUAUGACCGAGGCUGAACGCUAUGAAUCUCUACGUCAUUGCAAGUGGGUUGAUGAGGUCAUUCCAGAUGCUCCCUGGGUGUGCACAAAAGAGUUCCUUGAUAAGCACAACAUUGACUAUGUAGCCCAUGAUGCUCUCCCAUAUGCAGAUGCAAGCGGAGCUGGUAAUGAUGUAUAUGAAUUCGUCAAAGCCAUUGGUAAAUUUAAGGAAACAAAGCGCACAGAUGGAAUUUCUACAUCUGAUAUUAUAAUGAGGAUAGUCAAAGAUUACAAUGAUUACGUCAUGCGGAACUUGGCCCGUGGUUACACUAGGAAGGAUCUUGGUGUCAGCUAUGUAAAGGAAAAGCGGUUGAGAGUGAACAUGGGCUUAAAGAAACUCCGCGAGAAAGUUAAGGAGCACCAGGAGAAAGUUGGGGAGAAGUUGCACACCGUCGCUAGAACGGCGGGCAUGCUUCAUGAUGAGUGGGUUGAGAAUGCAGACCGUUGGGUUGCUGGUUUUCUUGAAAAGUUCGAGGAAGGAUGCCAUUCAAUGGGCACAGCUAUCAAAGAACGAAUCCAAGAACGCUUAAUGAGAAGUCAAUCAAAAGAAUUCAGCCUGUUGCAAUAUGAUGAUGAAGAAUAAUCAAAAUUGAUAGUUUCUUCUAGAUGUAAAUUAUAGUGUAUGGCAAGGUGAGUAUUACUACUUCUUUAUUGGAAAAAGAAAAUGGAAAACAAAAGGGGGAGGAAAAUGAUAAUCUGAAGAUUUCCCGCUCACGCUUUUUGAAGCAGUAAACCUAUAAGUUUGUUUGUCCUAAUUUAAGAUUUGUUGGAUUUAGAAUUUGAUUUGUUCAUGCUAUUGCAAAUCACUAAAUUAGUGGAGUUUGGUAUGUAUAUUGCUUUCUACAUCCUGUCCAUUUUUCUUUUCUCUGUAAGGCUUUUCUAUCUGA